AUGGCCGCGCUGCUCGACGGCGACGCGGCGCUCGCGGCGCUCGACGCGGACGCGGCCUUCGCCGCGCUCGCGCGCCUCCUGCGCCGCCCCGACUUCCUCGACGGCGUUUUCGAGUCCGGCCGCUGCGCGUCCGAGCCCGGCGCCGCGGCGGCGUUCGACGUCGCCGCGGUCCUCGACCUCCUCGACGCGAGCGCGUCCGUCGCGGGCUGCGAGGCCGGCGCGCCCGAGGGCGGGCCGCCGCGGCGCGGCGUCGACUACGAGCUCGGCCGCUGGGCGCCGCCGGCCUGGGAGCGCUACGCGGGCGCCGUCGCGGCCGGCGGCGCGGCCGCGGCCGCGCGCGCCGCGCUCGCCGGGGGCUACAGCGUGACGAUCCGCCACGCCGAGCUCCGGAGCCGGCGCCUCGCCGCCGCGUGCUUCGCCGUGCAGGACUUCCUCGGGCUGCCGGCGCAGGCGAACGUCUACGUCACGCCGCCGGGCGCGAGCGCCGCGAGGCCCCACGUCGACCGCCACUGCGUCUUCGCAGUGCAGCUCGCGGGCGCCAAGCGCUGGUGCCUGCGCGAGGCCGAUGGCUACGUGCCGCCCCCGGCGCGCGAGCGGGCGACGGCGCGCGCGGACGCCGCGUACGGCGGCGAGCGCGCCGUCGACCUCGCCGCCGGCGGCGCGCUCUACGUGCCCCGGGGCGCGCCCCACUGCUGCGAGAACGCGGGCGACGCGCUCUCCGUCCACGUGUCCUUCGGCGUCGACGUCCACGCGCCGCUCACCUGGGAGGGCGCGCUCCAGGCCGCGCUCCGCGGCGCCGGCGCGGCGGCGGGCGCGCACGCGGCGCUCCGGGGCCUCGCGCUCGGCGACGCGCCCUUCCUGCGCCACGCGUGCCUCCACCGGCGCGCCGGCGCGGCGGACCGCCUGCGGCGCGAGGCGGCGCGGGCCCUGGGCGUCGUCGAGGCCCUCGACGGCGCGGCCGUCGAGGCCCGGGCGACGGACGCGGGCCUCGCCUACCUCGGCCUCGCGCCGCGCGCGCCGGGCGCCGCACGCGCCGAUGCGCUCGCGGGGCUCCGGGCCGUCGUCGACGCGCCCGCCGCGGACCGCGCCGCCGCGCUCCGCGACGUCGCCGACAUGGCCCGCGACGUCCGCGACCGCGCGCGCGCGCUCGCGGCGGCUUUGCUCCCGGACUAA